AUAUACCAGGUAUACAAAUCGAGCUAUCCAAUCUACUCGAGUUAUUCCAUCCCAAAACGUGUCAUCAGUGGAGCACGCGUUAUUGCUUCGCCUGUUCGGGUUGUUACCUCUCCCACCCGAGUUUACUCGCGAAUUGUUCACUCUCCGUCGCCUGUGCGUGUUGUGCGUACUACAACACGUGUAGUGUCAUCACCGGAGAGAACGUCUACCUAUACCUAUACCACGCCGUCGACUUACUAUAGUCCGACCUAUUUGCCAUCGACAUACUACUCUUCUGCCUAUAUCCCGACAUCGUAUACAACAUACACGCCAUCGUACCAUUACACCCCAACAACUGUUACACGUGUUUAUGCUCGAUCCGGAACCCCAGUAAGGAUCACCACAUCUCCGAUUCGGUCAACACCUUCCUAUCUGAAGAGACUUCCUCCUGGAUAUGGUGCACGGGCUCUAACUAAUUAUCUCAAUACCGAACCUUUCACCACGUUUUCUGAGGAAACGGGAAGAAUACGUAAUCGCGCACAAUCAUUGAUGCGGGACUUGCACACUCCCGUCGUUCGCCGCGCACGAAGCUGUACUCCGUUUCCAGUGACUGGGUGAGUUCGCUUUAUUCAGUUGCAAGUUAUUUUAUGU